UACAUUUUUCAGUCUCUGCUGUUCCGGCCAAGUCAACAUUUACUGACUAACGGAGGGAGUGGACGAGGGCUCCCGGCUACACUCGUCCUCACAUAUUCCUCGACUUUUACAUUUCUGAGUGGUUUUUACUCACCGGGAUCCGAGUGGACGGACUUUCUGUGUUAACUGGGAUCAGGAAGCUGUGUUGGCCGCAGUUUGAGAAAGGAACAUGGCUUCCCAAGCUGAUCUGAUGGAGCUGGACAUGGCCAUGGAGCCAGACCGUAAGGCUGCAGUCAGUCACUGGCAGCAACAGUCUUACCUGGAUUCAGGCAUCCACUCAGGAGCCACCACAACCGCCCCCUCUCUCAGCGGGAAGGGCAACCCUGAAGAAGACGAUGUGGACAACCAGGUCAUGUAUGAGUGGGAGCAGGGCUUCAACCAGAACUUCGCCCAGGAAACGGUGCAAGACAUAGAUGGUCAGUACGCCAUGACGCGUGCACAGCGGGUGCGUGCAGCAAUGUUUCCAGAGACUCUUGAGGAGGGCAUGCAGAUCCCCUCGACACAGUAUGACGCAGCAAACCCAACCAAUGUCCAGAGGCUGGCAGAGCCCUCGCAAAUGCUCAAACACGCUGUGGUCAAUCUAAUUAACUACCAAGACGACGCUGAGCUGGCAACCAGAGCCAUACCAGAACUCACCAAACUUCUCAAUGAUGAAGACCAGGUUGUUGUAAACAAAGCGGCCGUGAUGGUCCACCAACUUUCAAAAAAAGAAGCUUCUCGCCACGCCAUCAUGCGCUCCCCUCAGAUGGUGUCUGCUAUCGUGAGGACCAUGCAGAACACAAACGAUGUGGAAACAGCUCGCUGCACCGCAGGGACACUCCACAACCUGUCCCACCACAGAGAGGGCCUGCUGGCUAUUUUUAAGUCUGGAGGAAUACCAGCCCUUGUUAAAAUGCUGGGUUCACCAGUGGACUCUGUCCUCUUCUACGCCAUCACCACACUCCACAACCUCCUCCUGCACCAGGAAGGAGCCAAGAUGGCCGUCCGUUUAGCCGGGGGUCUACAGAAAAUGGUUGCUCUGCUCAACAAAACUAAUGUCAAAUUCCUGGCCAUCACCACCGACUGCCUCCAGAUUCUGGCCUACGGAAACCAGGAGAGCAAGUUAAUAAUACUGGCCAGUGGUGGCCCCCAGGCGUUGGUCAACAUCAUGAGGACUUACACCUAUGAGAAACUGCUCUGGACCACGAGUAGAGUCCUCAAAGUUCUGUCGGUCUGCUCCAGUAACAAGCCGGCCAUCGUAGAAGCUGGAGGCAUGCAAGCUCUUGGACUCCACCUUACAGACCCCAGCCAGAGACUGGUCCAGAACUGUCUCUGGACUCUCAGGAACUUAUCAGAUGCUGCCACCAAACAGGAGGGAAUGGAGGGUCUGUUAGGAACUCUUGUCCAGCUGCUUGGCAGUGAUGACAUUAACGUGGUGACAUGUGCUGCUGGCAUCCUGUCUAACCUGACCUGCAACAACUACAAGAACAAGAUGAUGGUCUGCCAGGUUGGAGGAAUUGAGGCGUUGGUUCGCACGGUGCUGCGGGCUGGAGACAGAGAAGACAUCACAGAACCGGCUAUUUGUGCUCUUCGUCACCUCACAUCCAGACACCAGGACGCUGAGAUGGCACAGAAUGCAGUCAGACUGCACUACGGACUGCCUGUUGUCGUCAAAUUACUGCACCCACCAUCACACUGGCCACUCAUUAAGGCUACUGUUGGCCUCAUCCGUAACCUGGCUCUGUGCCCUGCAAACCACGCUCCUCUGAGGGAGCAGGGAGCCAUCCCCAGACUGGUUCAGCUGCUGGUCAGAGCACACCAAGACACGCAGAGACGCACCAGCAUGGGAGGCACACAGCAGCAGUUUGUGGAGGGAGUUCGUAUGGAAGAGAUUGUGGAGGGCUGUACAGGAGCACUUCACAUCCUCGCCAGAGACGUGCACAAUAGAAUAGUCAUCAGAGGACUCAACACCAUUCCACUGUUUGUACAGCUGUUGUAUUCUCCCAUUGAGAACAUCCAGCGUGUGGCAGCGGGAGUCCUGUGUGAGCUGGCCCAGGACAAAGAAGCUGCUGAGGCCAUUGAGGCUGAGGGAGCCACGGCCCCUCUCACAGAGCUGCUACACAGCCGCAACGAAGGAGUUGCCACCUACGCUGCUGCAGUUUUGUUCCGUAUGUCAGAGGACAAACCCCAGGACUACAAGAAACGCCUCUCAGUAGAACUCACUAGCUCGCUCUUCAGGACAGAACCAAUGGCCUGGAAUGAGACUGGAGACCUAGGUUUGGACAUUGGAGCUCAGGGAGAGCCUCUAGGCUACAGACAGGAAGACCCCAGCUACCGUUCCUUCCACUCAGGGGGUUACGGAGGGGACCCGAUGGGUAUGGAGCCCAUGAUGGACCACGAUCUAGGUGGGGUCCACCACCCUGGCCAGGACUACCCUCCUGUAGAGGGUCUGCCUGACCUGGGACAUGCCCAGGAACUGAUAGAGGGCCUGCCACCGGGUGACUCCAACCAACUGGCCUGGUUUGAUACCGACUUGUAAAUACCAAGACCAUCAUUACACUACACUUUCUACUAGCUGUAUCAUGUGAUCUGGAUGAACCUGCAUCGUGAUUCGCCCAUAUGGAGGAGGCGGGGUUUCAGAAAGUGCCUGAAGACGACUCAACAACAACAAGCAGAGUUUCCUGUCUAUGGGAACUCCAUUGGGACAAACUAGAUUGAAAUGCGGUUCUGGUCUCUCAGCCUGGAAGAGGGCUGAUUUUAAAUCCUGACAUAACACAUGGAUUCUGAUCUCAACAGUUAAUAUUUUUGAAAUUCCCUUUUAUGUAUUUUGUUUAACAUUCUUACUUCUUUUGGUUGUUAUACUUUUUUUUUUAUUCUGUUUUCCUCAAGUCUGUAAUGGUACCAACUGAUUUUAGCUUGCUUUUUCUUUUCAUUUUUCUGAAUUAUUAUACUCAUCUCUUGUUUUUGCAGUCCCUUGUAUUUUAAGUCUCUGGUAGUGUUGAGUUUUUUUUUAGUGGUAAUGCUCCAUUAAAAUAAAGAAUCUGAUCACAUUUUAAAUGGUGUCCAAACACUAAAGUUAAUCAGUUGAACUGUAUUCUGAUGAUCAAGUGUAACAUUGUGUAGCUUUUGUAUAAAAAAACAUGAAUUGGAAAUCAUGGUCCAAAUAUCAAGCUAUUUUCUUGCUUUAAAGGUGGACACUGAUGUGUCUCUGCUGUUCCAAAGGGGGUGUAGCUGACCUAGCUGGAGGGGUGUUGCUGUAGAAGGACCAGGUGGAGAAGGGAUCUUAUUGGUCUGCUGUUACUUAAGGGAGGGGGUAGCGUGACGAGCUGGUUGCUGUAGCCUGCUGUGUUCUGAAACAAUAAAAUGGACUGUCAUUUCA